UUUGUAAAGCACGUUGCAAGAGAGUAAGUGAGGUUAGAUUUUAUAUUUGUGAGAAAAGUUCAUUAACUUAUAAAAAAAUGUAUUUAAUGUAUUAUUUGAAUGAAAAAGGAGAGCGUGUAUACACGUUAAAGAAAAUUGAUCCUAAUGGAAAACCAACCAUGUCUGCACAUCCUGCAAGAUUUUCUCCAGAAGACAAAUACUCUAAAGAGCGAAUAAUAUUAAAAAGAAGAUAUGGUUUACUUUUAACUCAAGCUCCGAUGCCAAUUUACUAAUACAUUUUAAAUUAAGUAAGAUAAAUAUUUGCAAUAAUUAAUUCAUUAUCAUAUAAUAAUAAGAAGAAAUAUUGUAUUCCAUACAUUAAUGUGUGAGGAAUAUGAAAUUUGCUUUUAAUUUAUAUCAUUAAGAAUUAAAGUACAUAUUUUACUAUUUGUUGACCAUGUUCGCAAUGUAAUAUACAUCAUUCUUUCAUACAAAUAUUUUUUAUUUACAUUAGAUAUAUAGCGUAGUAUAUACUAUAGAUAUAGUACUUGUGGUACUAUAGAUAAAAAAAUAAACUUACUUUAUCCUACAAUAUUUUUGAUAAAAGAAUAUAGUACAACUUUGCUAGAAAACUGUGCCAAAUAUAAGUGCGUACAUUAAAUGAAAACAAUACGAUAAGAAAAUAUAGAAUGAAAACUAAAAUGAUGUAUGAUUAAACAUAGAUAUUAUCAAAACAAUAUGUGUAAUUAGAUCAUUGGAAUAGAUUGGAAAUUCAUUUUUAGUAUCUAACCAUAUUUGUUAUAAUAAUAAUAUAAUAUGCAAAACUUUUCACAUUUACAAUAUAAGUCCAUGCGAUAGCUCCAAGAAUAAUACAAAAAGAGCUUUAUGGAUUUUAUUUGGUAUUUUGGCUAUAUACAUAAUUAUAUGCACACAUAUAUAUAUAUAUUAGAAAAGUAUACUAACAAUAAAAAGAAAUCGUAGAUAGAAAUUAUAUGAAGAAUAUAAAUAAAUUGAAUAGCAAUUUCAGACCUUAUUUUGUCUAUAUCCUGAACUUUAGAGUUAUUCAAUAAUCCAGAAAUAAAGUAAUUAUCAUUUUGUGAAUAUAUAUAAUUUAUAAAAGAAA